AAAUCGGAGGAAUCAAUCAUCAUUUUUGAUGUGAAGACUUCAUCACUGACUUACAUAUGUUCAUUUGUCAACCUCCAAGAAAUAAUACAGCUCAUCAGUGGCAGUAACUGCUUUGGGUAUCCACUGACAUUCAUUUGGGGAAAAAACCCAACAAAUAAGGAAACAACAGACAAAACCCAACAAACCUUUUGAAGACUUGUGUCAAAUGACGUCAAUGGCCAGUUUGUUCUCCUUUACUAGCCCAGCUGUAAAGCGUCUGUUGGGCUGGAAACAAGGAGAUGAAGAGGAAAAAUGGGCAGAAAAAGCUGUCGAUGCUUUGGUAAAAAAGCUGAAAAAGAAAAAGGGUGCUAUGGAAGAACUGGAGAAAGCCUUGAGCAGCCCAGGACAGCCCAGCAAGUGUGUUACUAUCCCUCGCUCUUUGGACGGACGACUCCAGGUUUCUCACAGGAAAGGCCUUCCCCAUGUCAUUUACUGCCGCGUGUGGCGUUGGCCUGAUCUGCAAAGCCAUCACGAGCUAAAGCCAUUGGAUAUUUGUGAAUUUCCUUUUGGAUCUAAACAGAAGGAAGUCUGCAUCAAUCCAUACCACUACAAAAGGGUGGAGAGCCCAGUUCUACCUCCAGUGUUAGUGCCUAGACAUAGUGAAUUCAACCCACAGCACAGUCUACUAGUUCAGUUCAGGAACCUAAGCCACAACGAACCACAUAUGCCACACAACGCGACAUUUCCAGAUUCUUUCCAGCAGCCCAACAGCACUCCAUUUUCCAUCUCACCAAACAGUCCCUAUCCUCCUUCUCCAGCCAGCAGCACUUACCCAAGCUCCCCAGCUAGCUCUGGACCAUCAAGUCCAUUUCAGCUACCAGCUGAUACUCCACCUCCUGCAUACAUGCCCCCUGAUGAUCAAAUGGGGCAGGAUAACUCACAGUCUAUGGACACAAGCAAUACAAUGAUCCCUCAAAUCAUGCCAAAUAUAUCUACCAGAGAUGUUCAGCCUGUUGCCUACGAAGAGCCCAAACACUGGUGUUCCAUCGUGUAUUAUGAAUUAAAUAAUCGUGUUGGGGAGGCUUUUCAUGCAUCUUCUACAAGUGUCUUAGUAGAUGGGUUUACAGAUCCCUCCAAUAACAAAAACAGGUUCUGCUUAGGUUUGCUCUCCAAUGUCAAUCGCAACUCAACGAUCGAGAACACCAGGCGGCACAUCGGGAAAGGAGUUCAUCUCUACUAUGUUGGUGGAGAAGUCUAUGCUGAGUGUUUAAGUGAUAGCAGCAUAUUUGUACAGAGCAGAAACUGCAACUACCACCAUGGCUUUCAUCCAACAACUGUAUGCAAGAUUCCCAGUGGAUGCAGUCUGAAAAUUUUUAACAAUCAAGAGUUUGCUCAGCUUUUAGCUCAGUCUGUCAACCAUGGAUUUGAAGCAGUGUAUGAGCUCACCAAAAUGUGCACCAUUCGAAUGAGUUUUGUAAAGGGCUGGGGAGCUGAAUAUCACCGGCAGGAUGUGACGAGCACCCCGUGCUGGAUAGAAAUUCACCUUCAUGGGCCCCUCCAGUGGCUGGAUAAAGUACUUACACAAAUGGGUUCUCCUCUUAAUCCCAUCUCAUCAGUUUCAUAGUGCUGAAAUUCCACCUUCUGCCUUAUUUUUAGCGAACUUAUUCUAAUUCUAGAGAAACUUCCAGUGUGGAUACUGUGAGCUAUAUGGAGAAUGGAUCUUACAAUUUAACUUUCUUUUUUUUUAAAAUCCCUUUGUGACCAAUUCUAUUGUGUAUAGCUAAUCAGUUUUACAUUUCAAAUUGUUCUUGUGAUGCUUAAGUGACAGUUGAGCCCUAAGGGAAAAAAAAAAGUCUAUUGAAAAAUUCAGAACACUUUUCCCCUUCUUCCCCUAGAACUUAAACAGACAUAUGUCUUAACUGGAAAACCUUUUUGUCCUGUAGGGACAAGAAUUAAGAAGACUGACUUCAGAAAAUAAGUACAUAUCAUAGUUUGGGAUUUAUUUUUUUUUAAUGUUUAUAAACUGUUUGAACAUGUGCAGCUCCAUCUUGCAAACUGAGUUUUUAGCAUAGUGGUUUUACAUCUUAAGGCUGACAUCUGUCAUAAGCAAA